UGGGACAAGUAUCCGGAGGUGAUGGUAAACGCGUGCGUCAACUACCACAGCCGGAAAAAUUUCUCCCUCUUCAGUGACGAAGAACGAGACCUGUUCAGGCCUUACGUGGUCCUGUAUAUGUCAUACGCCGGUCGACCACUGAACAAAGUUAAGUUUGAAAGCGCCCUCCAGAUCCGCUCAGUGGUCCAGCAGGUGGCGCUGACGCUCGCCGUGGGCGAGGGGGCCCUCGAGUUCGAGCACCGGGCCCUAACACCUGCUCACGUGCUUGUAAAAGAAGCGCAAGACCAGGUCGUACCUUUCUGGCUGGACGGCCACGCGCUUCUUGUCGACACGUUUGGCGUCCAGGUCUCGCUCGUCGACUUAUCGGCAGCGCGGGUUACGCCUGCUGGCGAAGCAGUAGACUCCCAGCCGCUGUAUGCAGAUCUGACAAGACUGCCUGCAAGCAAGAGGGAAGCGCUCGGGGCCACGUUUGCCGAGGUCUAUCAUUUGAUCAGCGAGGACCUCUCGCGAUUCCACCCGUGGACCAACAUGGACUACCUGGAGGCGCUGACCAGGACGCUGGUCCAGGCGUACGAUGGACGUUUCGCCAUCGCUGCUGACGAGGCCGAACGGCAGGCUUGGCGCGACGUGUGUUUCUGGCUGGCCGAGAUGCCGCACUGGGGGGGCACCAGGCCGUUCGUGCUGGAACUGGUGGCACCCAGCAUGCCGUCCAUUAGGGCGUCGCCGUCCAUGUUGUGA